AUGUUUCCCUUGGCGAGAUAUACACUCAGUAGUCUCAAGAUUUGGAGAAUUCAGCAAAUUAUGACAAGACAGAGUCACAUUAAACACUCACCAGAUUUUCAUGACAAAUAUGGCAAUAUAGUGCUAGCUCUUGGAACCACUUUCUGUGUUGUCACAUGGGUGUUUUUAACUACACAGAUGGGAAUAGAAUGGAAUCCAUCUCCUGUUGGCAGAGUUACCCCAAAAGAGUGGAAUGAUCAGUAA